AUGUAUGGAAUUUCUACAGAUAAAUCGUUUAAGAAAACGUUAUUAUCAAAUAUUAUUAAUGAGAAAAAAGUCAUUACUGAACAGAAGACAAGGUUAGAAAAACUCAAAUGUCAUGCCAAAGCACAAGCAAAACUUUCAGAAAAAAAAGCGAAAUUGCUUGAAGAAGGUAUUGUAGAGAAAUAUGAGGGACCUGGAAGGCCACUGGCAGCAAUGGCUUAUCCAGAUUUUCAUACUUCAAAUUAUGGAUAUCCACCUCAACAUGCGGUUGUUUCCAAUACCAAUACCGCCGAAGACAUGUUACAAUCAAACCCACAAGUAGUUAUUGAAUGGCGAGAGGAACAAUCAGACAUUGAAUAG